AUGGGGCCAGAACAUUAUGCGUUUGAUGCUUCCUACAAUUUCCAAAAGGUCGUCUUGUUUAAAGGAAUUGUUACUCGUGAUAGACUAACUGCGAGUGUGAUAGCCCCUAUCAUGAGCAAGCAGUUGUUUAUGGCUUCAUUUAUUGAUCUGAGAAAGGCACGUUUGUCGACAGUACUCAACAUUGAAUACAUCGCUCUAAACUAUAGAGCUAAAGUUAACCUCUUUAGCACUGGUCAAAUUCGAGCAACAUAUAUCCAGCGUGUGACACCCCGUCUAUAUUUGGGUGGUAAUUUCUUCUGGACCAGUGUGCCUCAGAAGUCGUCUGUAGGCUAUACUGCAAGAUACGAGACCGAUAAGAUGGUCGCCACUGCUAAAGUUGAAAGCAGUGGUGAUGUACUUAUGACCUACGUUCAUAAGAUUUCAAAGAAGGUUUCACUCGCCACUGAUUUUGUGUACAACUGCUUUUCAAGAGAUGUUAAAGCUAGUGUUGGGUAUGACUACAAGUCUAGACUGUCUCGUGUCCAGGGAAAGAUUGAUUCUAACGGUGUUGUAUAUGCACAUCUUAAAAGAAAAUUGAAUGUGGGACUCAGGUGUCUUCUAACUGCAAGUUUGGAUCUUAAGAACAUGAAUCAGAGGCUUGGUUUGCGCUUAAUAUAUGGUUAA